CUGACAGCGUUUCACUGUCAAAACAAUCUUUGAGGUUAUUUUAUGUGCACUGUUGAUUAUUGUGUAAAAACUGUUUAUUUCUUGCGAUAAACCUUACCUAUUUCUUAGGCUUAUGAUAAAACGAAAUCAUAAUGAAAGUAUCAAUUGGAGACGUAGUUCUGCCGGGAGAUCACUGUGAAGAAAUAGCCGCAGUUGGCGAGAAAAGUAAAGUUAUACUCGGGCCUGGACUUCGAAAGGAAAUCGACGGCAUUUUCGUUACGAAAGCUGGGACUUUAAGGAAACGGCCACCUAACACAUACUGGGUGGACAACUAUCAGAAGCGGUACAUUCCAGCACGCGGGGAAAAUGUCAUAGGAAUCGUGAUUCAAAAGGCAGGAGAUAUUUUUCGAGUUGACGUUGGAGCCAGUUGCACAGCGUCUCUAUCUUACCUGUCCUUCGAAGGAGCUACGAAGAAGAACAGGCCUAAAGUACUGUUGGGUGACGUCGUCUACGCUAAAAUGCUUGUAGCCAGUAAAGACAUGGAACCAGAGAUAGUUUGCGUCGAUUCUCACGGGAAGAAGGGCCGCUUGGGCGUACUAGAAGACGGAUUCGUAUUUAAAUGCUCAUUAAAUUUAAUCAGGAAGAUAUUGAACCCUGAAUGUCCAUUAUUAGACUCUUUGAAGAAUGAGUGGCCUUUUGAGUUAGCAGCAGGCAUGAACGGAAGGAUAUGGAUAAAGGCUAAUACUAUGAGAGAAACUAUUGCACUAGGAAAUGCAAUUUUAGGCUCAGAAUAUCUAAGUAAUGAUGAGAUCAAAAGCAUGUGCACAAACAUUGCUGGUAUAUUGACUGGACAUAUUUCAUAAAAUUUAGUUAAAUUAAAUACAUAUUUUAAGUUAAAAGAACAUGAUUUUGCUUUAAUUAAUUAUUCACCCAUAUUCACAAGCUCCCAAAAUCACCUUUCACCUUAACAUAUGUAUGGGUUCUUUCUGUGUAUUUCAUAAAUAAAACAACCAAAAACAGUGAUCGGGAAAUUUAUUUUGGCAAAUGCAACUAACCUAAUCGUUUCAAAUCUCAAUACAUAAUGUAAAACUACAUCCAUCUGCAUUCCAACCAUUGUUCUCUUCUAAUAAAUAUAUAUUACAAAUGGCGGACGCCUCGCGGGUGGUCUAUGUACAGUUUGCGGACGCCUCGCCUAAUUACAAACUAUAGUAAUAGGAGUCGACUGACCAGAACAAUUUUCCUUUAAUUAUAACAAUAAUUUAGUAAACAAUAAAAUAAUGAACUGUUA